UCUGCUGCUCUGCUGCUGCCCGGGUCAGGCCUGACCCGGCGGCGGAGCUGGGACCCUGCACGAGCCGAGGCGCAGAGUCAGGCUCCGAGGAAGAAGCUGCUCUGACUGGGGCGCCUCUUUGCUGCAGAAUGAGGGGUCUCAGCGAACAUUCCUCCAAGUGACUGUUCCUCAGAGGAUCCCAUCUUACGUCACUGGAAAUACGGUAUUGUGUUUCAUUAUGAAAAGUGUUCUACCUGACCUUUUAUUCCAGACUGCCCUGUCAAGGCUGUUUACUUUUAGGGUUGCCAUAUUUCAAAAAGUAAAAACCAGGACAUCCCAAAAGUUGUUGACCCCAACAUUGUUGACUGAUUUUUCAUUUGACUUGCCUAAGAUCCAGGACAAAGAGCCACCUUUCAGAAAUCCCCCCUGGAUGUCAAUUUUGCCUUUGAAAUAUUGGUAAUGUCUGGGGAAAUCUGGAUGUAUGGCAGCCCUGAAUUAAAAGAUUUUUUUAAUGCUAACUUUUAAAACCAACAAUGUUAAUUUGAGCAGCAGCAGACAAAUCUGGUUUGCACGAGGCAGUUAGUGAAGCUAUGGCUUACUGAGACUGCGCAAACGUUAGAGUUCCUGGAGAACUUGGCCCCAUCCUGGUCCCUUUUACUGCCACAUUGUGCAGAACUAAGCCAACUCCCACAUCAUCCCAUAAAGAUAAAUGCUUAUGUUUGGGGAAGCGGGGGAGGGCAAGAAAAACGUCCCACCACUAAUGUGAACAAGGUUCCUCUUGCAGGUAGCCUAGAGACAGGAACAGGAGCACUCCUCUUAGGGGGUGGACAUUUUGCUGUGGAUCCCAUUUGUAGCAUUGUGAAGCACUGCAGGGAAACCACUGUUCUAAUCCCACUUCCAUUACCGUAUUAUUAUUAUUAAAGCCAUUAUUAUUAUUAUUAAUUUAAAUUUCUGUACUGACCUUCAUGAUUGAAAUGAACCUGGCUUGCAGUGGCAGCAAGCCAUUUAUUAAAAUCUGUUCUUAAUCUGUUUUAUCUUUUUAUUACAUGGGACACCUCUCAGGGGAGUGUGCACAAAUUCUUUGCAUAGGCUGGAGUUUACUGUGUAAAAACUAUAGCAUGCUUAACCCUUUGGCUAUUGCAGGAAAGGAUGACCUUUGAUAUUGAUAUAAAUGGAAAGCCAUAUAUCAUUCAUCUGAAGCAACAGUGAGUAGAAUAAAUAACUGGGAUUUGCCAGUUCUAUAAGACAAUUGCAAUCUUGUUUAAUAAAUCCUGGUAGCGUCUAGAAAGAUUUCCUGGAAAGAUUUCCUGAGGAAGAGAGGGGACACAGCACUCUGCUCUCCUCUGUAAAGAAAACAAGCUUACUUUCAGAAGCAAAUCUUAAUACCCUCCUGGGGUGCCAACGUGAAUAAAACAUGGGGGGGGGGGUAAGCCCUGCCCUGAAUAAUUGAUCAAAUGAUGCAGCACACACAGACCAUUUCUGGAGCUGCAUGCCAGGGGGGUUGGGAUGGCGGGGCCAGCGACAAAUACUGGGUGCACCCUUGUGUGGCAGACAUGCCAGCCAUGCAAAAUUCAAAGAUUCAUACACCCACCCCACCCCCCACCUUCAUCCAGGCAAGCAAGAGGUGUGAUAACUGUUCCAUGACGCAUUCCAGCCAUGCAGAAGCACUUUGGGAGGCUAAGAUGCUUUUUCUUAAAUGUUGCCAAGAGCCACCCCAAAAGGCCUUGCGGGCUCCUUGUGCACAUCCUUGCGCUGAUGGUACACAUUAGUUGGAUACUGCUCUGAGUCACUGUCACAUGUCAGGACAUGACAGCAGGCACACCAUUUCUCCCUCUUUCCCUAUUUUCCGUACCACCUUUGUGUAUUUUUUAUGCUUUCUUUGUAGAUCCUUUUUAACCAAUGAUUUCAGAGUUUAUACGUAUAGCCAUGGAGGGUCAGCAGUGUCUUUUGUUCCUCCCAUUCAGCGCAAUUGCUACUAUCAAGGCUACAUUGAAGGCUAUACUGAUUCCAUUGUGAUGCUCAGCACCUGCCUUGGGCUUAGUGGGCUGUUGCAGUUUGAGAACAGCAGCUACGGAAUUGAGCCAGUUGAAUCUGCUUCCGGAUUUCAGCAUCUUGUUUAUCAGAUUGAAUAUGAAGAUACAGAGCAUCCACUUUCUGAACAGAAUUAUUCCAUUAGAUGGAGUUCAGGAAUAACGCCAAGGGUAGAAUCGGGAAUACCAGUUAACUUCAGCACCACGAGAUAUGUGGAAAUGCACAUAGUUGUGGCCAAGGGAUUGUAUGACUAUAUGGGUUCAGAUGAAGAUGUUGUGAUGAAGAAAAUCACUCAGCUCAUCAGCUUUAUCAACACGAUGUUUUACAAACUCAACAUGAAGAUUAUACUGUCCUCUAUGGAGUUUUGGAAAGACAAGGAUAAGAUCUCCACCACAGGGACAGCCAAUGAGUUACUGGAAAAGUUUGUGGACUGGAAACCGGUCCACCUUGCUCUACGACCCCACGAUAUCGCAUUCUUGUUUGUCUACAGGAACAGGGGUGAUUCUGUGGGGUCAACAUUUGCAAGAAAGAUGUGCCACAGACCUUCUUCUGCAGCAGUUGCCAUGUAUGAAAAUGGGAUCACGCUGGAGACCUUCUCUGUGAUCGUGGCACAGCUGCUGGGAUUCAGCCUAGGACUGUUCUUCGACAACUCAAGACAAUGCCACUGUCCAGGCACUUGCUUAAUGAGUACCGAUGCUGUGCAGGCCAGCGGCAUCAAGUCCUUCAGCAGCUGCAGUAUAAAAGAUUUCCGGAAUUUUCUGGAGUCUGGAGCAUCACAGUGCCUCUUGAACAAGCCACGCAUGGAUCUCAUGUACAGAGCCCCCUACUGCGGAAACAAAGUGGUGGAAGACGGGGAGCAGUGUGACUGUGGCACAGCAAAGGAAUGUGAAAGCAAUCCAUGCUGCGAGCCAAAUUGUCUGUUGAGAAGAGGGAAAGCCUGUGCCCAUGGUGAUUGUUGCUGGUCAAGGUAUUGCAGGUUGAAAGCAAAAGGGACAUUAUGCAGAGGCACUAAAGAUGAAUAUUGUGAUCUGAAGGAGUAUUGCAAUGGUACCUCUGCUGAGUGCACAGAGAAUUUUUAUGUCCAGGAUGGACAGAAUUGUGAGGGGGAGACGGGGAUUUGCAUGGAAGGAACAUGCCAAAGUGCGGAUUUGUGGUGCCGCAAAGUAUUUGGAAAAGAUUCAAAAAGUGGAUCUUCUCAGUGUUAUGAGGAAAUCAACAGUCAAAAGGACAGGAUGGGGCAUUGUGGUUCCUCUGCCAAAGGAUAUGAGAACUGUCAGUGGCAGGACCUCAAGUGUGGCAAGCUGGUGUGUGAAUAUCCAGGUAAAAAGCCUUAUGCUAUUGAAAAUGCAGCAAUAAUUUACGCAAAGGUGCAGAAUCGCUUGUGUGUCACUUUGGACUACAUGAAAGGGCCGGGAGUGAAGGACCCAUUCUUGGUUCGUGAUGGCUCCAUCUGUGGGGAUAAUAAGGUUUGCAUGACCCAGAAGUGUGUGGACAGGUCUGUAUUAAAAACAACUUGUGAUCCAGUGAAAAAGUGCAACAGGAAAGGAGUAUGCAACAAUAAAGGAAAUUGCCACUGCAAUAUGGGAUGGGCCCCCCCUGACUGCACAAUUGAAGAAAAAGGAGGCUUGGGUGGAAGCAUUGACAGCACAUUCCGAAGUGGGACGGCAUUUGCCCUCCUCCUGUCUGCUGGGACUUCACCUGUUCUCCAGGAAUUCUCAAAGAUUACUGCCAGUGGUUCUGAAAUCACCUCUGCCAGUUUUUUUAAUACUCUUGGAUGUAGUUCAUCUGGCCCUGGAGACUUGAAUACAUCUAAACUAGCCAUGUAUUCUUGUAUUACCUCCUUACUUAUUCUGGGCUGUGUUUCCUCUGCUGAAUCAUCUGCUCCAUAUUCUUCAGGUCGGGCAUUGUUUUCUUUUUUGGAGAAGACUGAGGCAAAGAAGCUGGAACUGUAGACGAAACGCUCAACGUUGGUACAGCUACAAGAAACUGGCUCCUGAUUAGCUUCUUCCUUAUCAUGCCUGUCCUGAUUGGCUCCGUCAUCUUGAUCAUAAAAUUGAGGGACUUUUUCUCAAAUGUGAAAGGGGAGGAGGAAGAAGAGGAAG